UUAUGUAGUAACUUACAUUUGUUAAGAAAACCAAAAUAAAAAAAAAAAUAGAGCAAACUCUGGAAAAUCAAUCAAAAUAAUAAGACAUAUAAUGAAUAGAAUUUUAAAUUGGCUAAAGGUCCUCAUGCACGGCUCACUGACAUCCAGUUCACAGCCAUCAAAUCUUGAGCCAUCCGCAUCAUCACCGAUAACCACAAACACCUCCCUUCUAUCAUUUAGUCGUUUUGCUGCAGCAUCUUCUUCUAAUUCCCGCCCGCACAGUCGUCAUGUCUUCUUCUCUCCGAGCACUUUGGAGCAUGUAUCGCAUCGUUCAGUGUUAAUCAAGGCUGAGACAUCGGCCUUUCAGAAUUUUGUCAAUGAUAUGUACGAGGCCUAUUACCGUAUGCAAUUAUCAUCGAUGGCCGAUGGUCAGGGAUUGGGUCAGGGACAAAAGAUGCCGCCUUCUAGUCAGCUAAGUCUCAAGGAUUUGGUUUUAUUGCAACGCCUGGCCAGGGAUAUGUGGAAACAUAUGAAGUCAGAACAAAGGAAACAUUAUGUCGCAUUGGCCAAAGAGGCACAACAACGAAGACGUCGUCGUCUGCCACCAGAUCCCUAUAGAAGUAGGAGACAACAAUUGAUUAAAAAUCAGUAAAUCAUCAAUCAAUAAUUUUGAUGGAAUUGAAACAGAGAGAGAUUAUGAAAAUUUGUGUCAGCAAAUUGAAAAUAAAGUUUGAAAACAA